CUCCCGGGGGCGCAGUGACCUGCAUAAUUCCCUCCCCAAACAGUUCCUUCCGCUUCGGGGUAUUUUUUUUCACCCGCAGCAUACGGAAAAAGUUUACUUCAUCAAUUUUACUCCCCAGAAAAAUACUCCCGAAUGGAGAGUGGGUAGUGUGAGCGUGUGUGUGUGUGCCGUGAAUUAAACCAACCCUCGCUCCCUAUACGAUGUUGUUCCGUCUGCUCAUCGUGUUGCCGGUGCUGGCGGUUGCACUGUUCCUGUACGGUGCGAUCGUGAACAUAGGCUACAUCGAGGAGAACCGCUGCCGCAUGACGUACAUGUUCGAGCAUCCGCAGUACACCCGGCUGCCGGUGCAGGGCAACGAGCGAUUCCCCAAGUACGGGCUGUACGCGUACUCCGAGGGUUUCGUGACGCAGCGCGUCCAGCAGCGGCUCUUUACCGGUGCGCCGGUACUGUUUGUGCCCGGGAGCGGCGGCUCCUACAAGCAGGUACGCUCCCUGGCCUCGGUAGCGCUGCGCAAGGGGCUGGACAACAACUGGCAAGCGCACCUGGACUACUUCAGCGUCGACCUGAACGAGGAGCUGUCCGGCGUGUACGGGGGCUAUUUGCAGGAUCAGACGGAAUUUCUCGACCUUUGCAUACAGGAAAUUGCUCGGCUGUACGGGGCAAGGGGACGAGCGGCACGCCUGUUCAUCGUUGGCCAUUCGGUGGGGGGAAAGCUGGCGCAGGCGGUGGUCGGAGCCCGUGCCAGCAUCGGCCGACAUGUGGCCGGUAUAGUGACGCUAUCGGCACCGGUCGAUAAACCGGUCGCACUGUUCGACCACUACCAUUACAGCUUUUACGAUCGCAUCGAGCAGGCGUGGAGAACGAACCGAUCCCUGGCGGGAGCGGCCAAUGCGUCCCCUUCGCAGGGACUGCUGCCACUGGAUGGCAUUCUGUUCGUGACGAUCGGUGGCGGCAUCAGGGACAUCAUUGUGCACGACGGACUGACCGCGUCCCGGUACGCCGACCUGCACGCCAUGACGCACAACAUCCCGAACGUGUGGCUAUCGGUGGACCAUCUGUGUGCGAUGUGGUGUCUGCAGUUGGUGCUGGUCAUGAAUCGGUUCCUGUUCAGCAUGAUCGUUCCGCAGAGCCGCGGCAGCUGGGGCUUUGUCGAAGGAAAGCAGCACCAGCUUGAGUUGGCAACACGCUUUCUCGCGCAACCGUUCCGGGAUGAUGAUGAUGAUGACGAUGAUGAGGGGAACACUCAUAAGCGCCUACCUGCUGGCAGUGCCAAGCAGCCACUGAUUCAGCAUCAUCCCGAGCAGGAAGACUGGAUCGAGGACAUCCGCCGCUCGUUUACCGAGCGCCAUCGGGCCGGCAUCGAUCGUACACGCGUGCAAAUGAUUCGUAUCGUGCCGGAAAAGCCGGCCCAUCGGUUCGUGCGCAUCGAGGUGAUCAAUUCGGAACAGAGCAACUGGCUGUCUGGCUGUGCCGCGGUCGAAGUGUACGGCAAUUCUCGCAUGUGUCAAAAGGCGACCUCCCUCGCCAACUACACGCUCCCGGUGCCGUCGUCGAAGUUUGACCGGUUUGGAGCGCUGCUGGAUUUGCACGAGCUGAAGCGGGCCAAUCCAAGGUGGACGCACGUGCUGGUGAAGAUCCCGCGCACCACCAAACCGGUCCAGUUCAGCGUGGACGUUUUCAAUCCGGACGAAAGGGCGAUUAAUGUUACGAUGCCGCACUGGUUCGACUACAGAGUGCACACCAUUCUGCAGGAUGCAUCGCCGGACGAUUCGUAUUAUCGCAUCAGCGUGAGCGGGAUGACGCACACCUACCAGACGAUCGCCCUCGACCUGACCGCCGUUGCGUGCGAUGGCGUGCGGGGCACCGUCGUCGUGAAGGUGCACGUCCCGUGGGCCACCGGCUACGACCGUUACGCGUUCCACGAGGAGCUGAAUCAAACGACCGUUUACAUUUACCCACCGAUCGAGAAACCACCGGCAGGAGAACAGGACGUGCCAAUACAGCUAGACGUGCAUCUUACCCCGGGAUGCAAGUAUCGUAUACGUUACGCCCAGUCGCUGCGCGUCAGUAUGGCGCGUAUGGUGCAGCAGCACGUGGUGCUCAUACCGGCGCAUCUCGUCGCUUUGCUGCUGCUCGCGUUCAAGGAUCAGCUGACGCAAACGCCCGCCGACGAUCCCGCCUUUGUGGUGGGAAAGCUGCGCAGCUCCUUGACCAAGCCCGGCCCGCUGCUAAUGCUGCUAGCGACCGGGUCGCUCACGGCCAAGUUCCUAGCGCUGUUCAAAGCGAUUCCACCGACCGAAACGGUCGCCACACCGCUGAUCGUUUCCAUCCUCGUCCAUCUUGUCGCGCUCGGUGUGCUCGUGCUGGCGACGCUUGCCCUCUGGGGUGCGAUCGCGUUCUGUGCCAACUUUGCGCACAAAAUCAUACUCCGCCUCAUUGCCCUCCCGAUCCCGGUAAUGUCCUCGACCUUUCUGUCCUGCAUUCACAAGUUCCCGCUCGCCAUUGCCGUGCUGCUGGUGGCGAUCGCGCUGACCGCGUGCGGCGGUGUCAGCUUACUCUGCGCCGCGGCCGUCUACUUCGUGCUGCUGUCCAAAGCGUACGAAGACUAUUUGGAAAACUUUGUGUUUAAUACGGCGCGCAAAAUCGCCGCCCGACUGUUUGGGGCCCGGGAGCGGCCCCAUGGCGAGGGGAGUAGGGCAGGACGGAAGCGAAACCGUAGACGGGGCGCGAACGAGACGGGCGACGAGCUGAUGGUGAUCAACUUUCAUCUGCCCCUGUUUCUGCUGGUGAUACUGUUGGCCCUGCUGAAUGUGCCAAGUGUUAUUACCUGGGCCAAGAACUAUCACUACGCGAACACGCUGCAGCCCGAUCCGUCGCUCGUGCCCGCACUGGCCGUGCUGGUGUGCUUGGCCGUGCUGUGGCAGCUGAACACGCCGCGGAACGUGUGCGGGUACGAGCUGCUGUCCGCUCUGCUCGUGAUCGGGGCGUUUGUAUCGGUGCUUUACUGUCAGGUGCAUGUGUACCGACUUAACUACUUACUAGCUUUAGUGUUUGUUGCGAUUACCGUACACCAAAUCAUUGCGCCAAAACGUCGUGAGAUAAGGGAAGAGGAGGAGGAGGAAACGGAGGCUGGCGAUGGAAUGGAGGCUGGCGAUGGAAUGGAGCCAGUCGAGGGAAUCGAGCACGCCGAACAAGAGAAGGAGGAGGAGGAGCAGGCUGGGGAUAAGAAAGCAAAUUGACCACUGAAACAUGUAUUAUCGUUGCGGAAGGCGUGUUAAAUGUUUUAUUAUAGUAUUUCACUACCAUAUACGAUCAAAUAAAUCCUUCGCGCUAGUCAGCUGUUUUGCCAAAA